AUGAGAGGGAAAUUAUUGAAGGUUUUGGAAAAUGUAAAUUCUAGUCAAGACCGAAUAGAUAAUAUUUUAACUCCAGAAGAGGAACAUUUGUGCUCAUUCCUUGACAUAUCCACCAAGUAUGCAUAUUUAUUAGGAAAUGAUAGAACAUUCUUCAAUCAAUUACCUAUUUGUUGGAGAUGUAAUUGUACUAAAAAAUUGAACAAAGUUUCACUUCUUGAACAAAUACCUUUAACUCCAUUUCAUCCUAAUCAUGAAAUUGAAUUAUUCAAUAUUUUUAAAUUAAAACAUUAUCAGCAUAUUUUUGAUUUGCUUCAUUGUGAUGCAAGAACUUUGGAGCAUAUGUUAAAUAAUACUUGUAUGAAUGAUGAUAGACUUUUAGAUUUUCUUGUUGAAAUUCUUCCCAAAUUAGUGAAAAAACAUUGUGGACAAACCAUUCAUUUAAAAUUGUCCACCACUAAGGAUACUAAGAACACAGGAGAUUCCACUGAUCAAGAAAUCAUUUAG